AUGGGAAUCGGCGACCUGCGCUCGUGGACCAGCGUCGUCGUAUUUCUCACCCUGAUCUCAAUGGUAUCAUCGUCCGGCUUCUUCGAGCUGCAAAUACUGGAGAUUUCAAACACCAACAGCCAUCUACUGUCAGGAUACUGCUGCGGUUUGCCACCGGAGAAGCGACAAACGCAAACGACAGGAUGUCCGGCUUGUGCGACGUCGUUCAGCUUGUGCCUGAAGGAGUACCAGGGCACACCGUCAAGCGCUCAGCAGCAGCAGCAGCAGCUGAAGCAACCGGCCACAGCCGUGGCCGUGGAACCGCAACCGUCCGGGUUGUACGGUUGUGCGUUCGGUAACGCCAGCACGCCCGUCCUCGGUGGGUCCAGCUUCGUCCUGACCGAUCCGGAAGUCGGCGGCAUCACAUUACCCUUCACCUUUCGCUGGACGAAAUCGUUCACGCUUAUCCUGCAAGCUUUAGACGUGUACAACGAGUCAUACUCAAUUUCCGAGCGGCUGAUUGACGAGACAUCAUAUUCCGGCAUCAUACUGCCGUCGCACGAUUGGAAUACAUUAGACCACAUAGGCAAAAGCGCGCGGAUAACGUACCGGGUACGGGUGCAGUGUGCGGACAACUACUACAACACGACCUGUACGACGUUCUGCCGGCCCCGGAACGACCAGUUCGGGCACUAUACCUGCGGCAAGCAGGGCAACAAGGUGUGCCUUCCCGGCUGGCAGGGGGCAAACUGCGAGAAAGCGAUCUGCAAGCCGGGAUGCGAUCAAAUACACGGCAAAUGUGACCAGCCGGGCGAAUGCGAAUGCCGCCCCGGAUGGCGAGGGCCGUUGUGCAACGAGUGCAUGGUGUACCCGGGCUGCCGACACGGCUACUGCAACGGAAGUGCAUGGCAGUGCAUCUGUGAUACGAACUGGGGUGGAAUCCUCUGCGAUCAAGAUCUCAACUACUGCGGCACGCACGAACCGUGCAUGCACGGGGGCACGUGUGAAAAUACGGCCCCAGACCAGUACCGGUGCACGUGCGCCGAAGGACUCUCGGGCACCCGGUGCGAAAUCGUCGAACAUCCGUGUGCACCGCAGCCGUGCAAAAAUGGUGGCACUUGCACACUCACCGGAAGUGACAAACCACGGCCAGGUGAUCUGACCGGGGCUGCUGGAAACUCGAACAAUCCAUCGACCGCCGCCUCAAUCAUCGUACGGGGCAUGCGUGGCAUGAGUUCGAUGGGAAAGCCCUUUGGGCGUAGUGCGGCCACGGGCGGUCCAUCCAACGGCGCCGGUUCCGGUGCGGCCGAUUCGAAGGAGUCAUCGAAAGCGGGCCCAGCCGCGGUCACUAGCACCGGUCUUGGACCGCCUCAACCGAUGAAGGACUUCGUCUGUACCUGCGCACCCGGAUGGACGGGGCCGACUUGCGAGAUAAAUAUCGACGAGUGCGCCGAUGCACCGUGCCGGAACGGUGGCACCUGCAUCGACCUGGUUGGCAAGUUUCGCUGCGAGUGCCCACCCCAGUGGACCGGGGACACCUGCCAGAACGACGUCGACGAGUGCGAAUCGAACGUGGCGUCCGGGCUGGGACCGUGCAUAAACGCCGAAUCAUGCCGCAACCUGCCCGGAUCCUUCCAGUGCACCUGCCAAGAGGGCUGGGGCGGUCCGACGUGCGCCAAGAACCUGGACGACUGCGUCGGCAAGUGCAGGAAUGGCGCCACAUGCAUCGAUCUGGUCAACGACUACCAUUGCGCCUGUGCCAUCGGCUACACGGGACGCGAUUGCAGCACCGACAUCAACGAGUGUGCCAACUUUCCCUGCCGCAACGGGGGCGAGUGCGUCGAUUUCGUCGGCAAUUUCAAGUGCAUCUGCCCGCUCGGAUUUUCCGGCACACUGUGCGAGGAAGCUAAGGAUCACUGUGGAUCGUCACCGUGCAUCGAGGGUCAGUGCCUGAACACACCCGGUGGCUACUACUGCCACUGUCCACCCGGCCGUGCCGGUCGUCAUUGCGAGUUUCCACGGGCACCCUGCGACAAGGGCGGACCCUGCGCCAACGAAGCAGGCUGCAUAAUGCCACCGGGAAGCAAUGAAACGGUGGUUCCGGUUCCAGGAGCAGAUCGCCAGACAGUUCCAAUACCGUGUAGUGGCCGUGGCAAGUGCGAACUAAGCCCUAUGGGUACGGGUUGCGUUUGUCAGAGCGGUUUCACUGGUCCCUUCUGUCAACACAAUGUUAACGAGUGCACCUCAAACCCGUGUGUGAACAACGGCAUCUGCGUUGACGGUGAGGGUGAUUUUUCGUGCGAAUGUCAACCAGGCUGGACGGGAAAAACGUGCACGGAACGCGCGGUCCAGUGUCUUCCUGGUCAAUGCCUAAACGGUGGAUCCUGCAUUCCGUCUCAGUUCGGUGGGGCACCACACUGUCGGUGUGCCCUCGGAUGGGGCGGUCCUUUCUGCAACGAACCGUUGGAUCAGUGCCAAGGUCAACCCUGCCACAAUGGGGGCACCUGCGAGUCCGGCCAGGGAUGGUUCCGGUGUCUGUGUGCGAAAGGAUUUUCCGGUCCCGAUUGCCGCAUCAAUGUGAACGAGUGUUCGCCGCAACCUUGCCUGGGUGGAGCUACUUGCAAGGAUGGCAUCGGCGGAUUCACCUGCAUCUGUCCGGUCGGGCGCCGUGGAGUGCGGUGUGAAAUUCUGCUCUCCGAUCCGUCAUCAGUGUGCUCGAACACAACGACCAACUCACCGUACGAUCCGCUCGUCACCAGCGAUGUCCUGGGCAAACCAAACGUCAUGGGUACCGGUGGAACCACACCGGGAGGUUCCGACGAAAGUAACUGCAACUCGUGCAUCUGCGUGAACGGAAAACCGCGUUGUUCGAACCUCUGGUGUGGGCUAACCAACUGCCUCAAUCGAAACCAGUCGAAUGGAGCGUUGACGGCUUGCGAGAGUCACCAGGUGUGUGUACCGACGUCACAAGAGUCCUGUUUGACGCCACCGUGUCGGCCACGUGGCGAUUGCCGCACAUUCGAACCAUCAAGACGCGUGGCACCGCCAAAAAUUCCAGCUCCAACCGACUGCUGGCCGAAUCAGGCAACCCUCGGUACGGCGUGUGCUCGCGUAUCCAUCCUGCUUGAGCUAAACCGCCUGGUUCGGGACACCUCCGUCGAUGGACUGUGCCAUCUGUUUCGACUCCAGCUCGGUGAGAAGCUCAUCAAAAGCCCAUCGUUCGAUGUGUCCGUCUUCAUUGUGGUUUUAUGUGAUCUCAAAGCCGGAACAAACGACACGAUCGAAGUGACACUGUCAACUCCGACGGAACCGAUCCGGGGUGCAACCAGCCUAACGGAAGCGGUUCGACUGCUGGCGGAGAUCCUUUCCCGACAACAGGCCGUCCAGAAUGACUCCUUUCAGGCGGAUCUCGUCGAGGCGGCCCCACUCACCUCGAUCCUCGAGGUGAAGGUCGAAACGGCGCUAGUAAACGAAGGUUCCACCGGUUCCAACUACCUAAUCGCGGUUGGAUUCGGCAUCGCGAUCGUGGCCCUUUGUCUCGGUGCAUUCGUCGCGUUACUGUGGCGCCAGAAACUGCACUCGCACAGCGGUUCCGGCACAAACUUAUCGCCCCACCUCGAUCUGUCUCGUGGCAUGGACGAGGAGAAAUCAAACAACCUACAGAACGAGGAAAACUUCCGCCGGUACGCUAACCCGCUCAAAGCGAGCUCGAGUUCGUUGCGUGGUGCGAUGGAACUGAGUCUAAAUCCGGCACCGGAAAUCAACCAAAUCGCCGGCCCAAGCUCGGUCCACCACCGUUCCCAACAGCUUUAUCCGCCCUGCACGCCCGACGGCGCUGACUUUGAGAAGGACCCCGACAAGCAAAAGACGGCCAACCGAAACUCGCACAUCCUGCUGCACAAAACGCAGAACGCUGACAUCAUGACGAAGAACAUCGUCGGCGCGAUCGACAGCCAACACAAGGACUUUGGCAAGCGAUCGAUCAACGAUCACACCUCCUCGUCGUCGGCGACGAACGUAAGCGGGGUACCGAGCGGGACAUCGUCCGCCACCGGAACCGGAACCGCACCGUCACUUCCCGUCACGGAUCACGGGCCAGCGAUGGUCGGCACGGUUCCUUUCACGCCCGAAUCAGACGUCCUGACGGUGCACGUGUAG